CCUUUUACGCAUUGGAGGUUAAUGUUGUUAACAACUGAAAGAAUUUUAUUAAAUGUGUAUUAAAAUUAUUAACUUUGAAAAGUAAUAUUUACAUUUGAUUUGAAUAAAAAGAUAUUGAAAGUUAUUUGCAUCGACAAAAGAUGCUUCUAUCACUUUUCCAAAAUGGCUGCUGGUUAACAAGUGCGCAAAUGUAAUUUCUAUCUCCUUUGUUCAAUAUUAUGAAGAUUAUGAAUAUUAUCAAUGAAGCAUUCUGUCUUUCUGUCAAUUCAGCUGAUUUUAUUUAAAUCUUGAUAUUGCUUUGGUGAUUCGGUUAGAAGAAAGAAAUUCCAUCUCUGAAAGAUUCCAUUUCCAUUAUUGAAUUGACAUUGAAUAUUCAAGAAUUAUUUGACAAUUAGGUAUAAAGUGCGACAUUGAUGGACAAGCUUCGUUAUUUUGCUUCAUCAAAAGGAAGAAGGCAACAAUUUUUUACCAUAUUAGAAAAAAUUCAGUUUAUUUUUUUUCAACAAAGAAAUAGUUUUGCAAAAAGAGCAACAAUUGUGUGUUAAACUCAGUGGUAUUUGUCAAUUAAAUCCUAGAUUUAUUAAUGAAAGUAAUUUGCGUCAGUGCGGUUUUGUAAAUUAAAUAUUCAAUUAAUUAAAAUUUGAGUUUGGGAUUUUUAAUCAUUCAUUGAUAGAACUACAUAGUUACAGAGUAGCUUGCAUUAAAAAUAGUGGAUUUUCAAAAUAUAGAGUCUGGGGCGGGUCAUUAUAUACUAAUCUUGCUAACACUAAUUUGUAGUAGGUCUGUGAUUUGAAAAAUUAUUAUAAUUUAGUCAGUGCGGUUGGGAAAAGUGAAUUUGGAAGGAUUUCAAUCGGGUAUCUUCAAAUUUCAACUAUGAACUUAUGGAUUUAACGAUGAUUGUGGGGAAAUUUUGAUACAAGAGAGGCAAUUUCGACAUUACUUUGUGAUAAUUCGUCAUCGGUCUUUUUUGUCUGUUGAAUCGUUUGUUACAAUGUCUUCCCAAUUUUAAGCCUCAGUAUGGAAACUGAAUCAAGGAACGUUGACUAUGUGUUUUGCUGAAAUUUUAGGGACGGCAAUUUUAAUUUUUCUAGGAUGUAUGGGAUGUAUUGGGACAUUGGGCUCGUCGCCCCCUCCCCCAAUGCAAAGUGCUCUUACUUUUGGUCUCACUGUGAAUCUCAUUAUUAUGAUGCUCGGUCACAUAAGUGGAGCUCAUCUAAAUCCCGCUGUCACAAUUGGAGCUGUUAUUUUGGGACUUAAAUCCAUUCCAACAGGACUAUUAUACGCUGUAGCGCAAUUUAUUGGAGCUAUAAUUGGCUAUGGAAUGUUAAUGGUUGUUACUCCAUACAUGUUGUUGGACGAUGGACAAGGCAAAAACAAUCCAUUUUGUGUAACUGUAAUACAUUCAGAAAUAUCUAUUCCACAAGCAAUUUUAAUCGAAACCCUUUGCACUGGAUGCAUUUUAUUGGGAGCCUGUGCAACCUGGGACCCCAGAUGUGCUCAUACGACUGAUUCAACAGCUUUGAGAUUCGGUUUCUCUGUGGCUGCUAUUUCUUUUGCAGCAUCACCCUACACUGGUUGCUCCAUGAACCCGGCGAGAACUUUUGCUCCAGCUUUAUUUCAAAAUUCAUGGGCUGAUCACUGGGUAUAUUGGGUUGGUCCGUGUUUUGGAGCACUUCUUGGAACUUACACCUAUAAAACGCUGUUUGGAGUUCCAACAAAAGAAACCAAAGAAGAUUCUUUAUCUGCUGAUAGUGUAGAGAGGAAGAUCUGCGAUGAAAUAUUUUAAAAUUUUAAAUAAAAAUGUAACUAAUGUUUUAUUUUGAAAAAUAUAUGUCAACACUUAUAUUUACAUCUACAAUAUUUUUAUGUAUAUAAUUACAUUUUAUAAAGAAAA